ACCAUAUUGACAAGGCAAGACAUCUCUCAAUCACACAUGCAAAGCGUCACCGCGGGCGUAUCGACUAGGCAUUUCAACUUUUGCUCCCGGUGUCUUCAAAAUGCUCGGGUGCAUCGCAUUUCGGGACCCGAGGUGAGGCGGUACAAUGUUUGGAGCAAAAGGGAAGUACGUUUGUUAGUAGAGACCGACAAAGCUUCAAGGGUCAGGGGAUCGGCGUCAAAAUGCCAUGAUGGAGCCAGCUCACUUGGCUCCAGGUCUGGAGGGACGAGAUUGUUCUCGUCAAACGCUACUACCCAUUCAGCGCCAGGCAAGGCGGGAAACGAUACGAAAAAGCACGAGAUUAAGGAUGGCAAAGACCAUAACAAUCCCAGUGCCGAGGGCAAACACGGCGAAUCAUCCAAAGCACCUGCUAAAAGUGGAGCAAUGUCUAGACGGCUGGCUGAAAUGACAGAAGAAUCGCUCGAGACGGGCGGACGAACCGCCCGCAAGGUGUUUCAAGAAGCUGGAUUCUCAGAGGAUCUACGGCUACAGCUGGAAGAAAGGAUCGCGUCCGCUAAAUUCAGAAGCGAUAAUGCCAGCGCAUUUGCUCAAGUCAAUAUGUCUUCAAGUGCAGGUAAAGGUACUCGCGACGUCGCCGCUGCCCAGCCCUGGGCUGGCAGUGAGACCAUUGCCGAUUCCGCUCUACGAAUGCUCAACGAUGCGCACAAGCCUCUACGCACAGGACGGCCACCUCCAAUCCCAACUCCCAAGGGUGGACCUCCUCCAACGCUCAAGCCCAAGUUGAAGCUUUCGCCUGGCGAAAGGCUUGCCGGCGCGAAAGAGCGGACCAAUGCAUACACUUAUAUGAACGAUCCGACUGUGUCGGAUAGGGAACGGGAGCAAAUUCGGCGGGAGCUCAAAGAGCGCUUUACUCCUGGCGCACGAGCUAUGCCUGCUACGCUGCAGGGUCUUUCCUCCUUGGCCAACGAACGUAUCGACGACGCCAUUGCCCGCGGCCAAUUCAAGAAUCUGCCCCGCGGCAAGGCUAUUGAGCGCGACUAUAAUGUCAGCAGUCCGUUCAUUGACACAACAGAGUACCUCAUGAACAAGAUCAUCCAAAGACAAGACAUUGUGCCUCCAUGGAUCGAGAAGCAACAAGAACUUGCAAAAGCCGCGGCUUCCUUCCGCGGCCGUCUCCGCGCAGAUUGGAAACGACACGCUGCACGAGUCAUUGCAAGUAAAGGUGGCUCGCUACAAGAGCAGAUGCGCAGAGCAGAGGCCCAUGCUUAUGCAGAAAGCGUGGAGAACCCUCCGACGAACCAUAGUCUGGUACCUGGAUCUGCGGGAGCAGACGCCGCCCACGCAUAUGGUCAAACGGGAAACACUUCUCCCGCGCACAUGACGACGAUCGACCUCCAAGGAAAUCUUGUCACUCGAGAGAUUGCUCCAGCCGCAGCCGCAGCCCCAUCAGACGCUGCAACUUCUUCAUCCGGAGAUGCCGUCAAUACCAACCACCCUGCGCAGAAUGAGGAGUCCAUCCCGCCCCCAUCACCCACCGUGCCUCCAUUCCGUGACCCAACCUGGGUCGAAACCGAACAGUCCUACCUCUCGAUGGCAGUCAACAAUCUCAAUACCCUGACCCGGUCAUAUAACCUCAUGGCGCCUGACCUUGCAAAAAAGCCUUAUUUCAACCUCGACCGCGAACUGCGCGCCUGUUUCGCCGACGUGGCGCCCCAGCUGGCGGGUGUGAUUCAUGAGCGCGCCACCGCCCCGCCGCCCAGAGUCGAGAUCGUGGGCCAUCGCGCGGGCAGUGUUCUCGAUAAAUUAGGCGCAAAGGAUAAUGUUCGCGUAUAUGAUUCGAAGAGACCUAAUUAUGGGUUUAAGGACUUAUGGAAGGACUUGUUCAGGAAGGGUUGAUUACUCAGUCGUGUAUUGUCAUGUACGAAUAUGAAAACGAUCAUUCAUUUGACAAUAGUCAUUAAUACAUUGGACCGCUCUAAGGGUGAUCCAUAAUCUGAUUUGUUAGAUAUGCCUCUCUGCAAGGCAUGACGGCUUCCAUGUGAGGAUUCUGCUGCAGGAU